AUGUACUGGCUGAUUUUCUUUCUUCUUCCUUAUGCGGAACUCCCAGGAAAAAUCACUGAAGAAGAGAAUGAAAGGUUGAAAGCGAACUGUGGCGCCCAUUAUCUUGGAGAGUCGGGAACGGUGGAGAAAUCGAUGCCUGGUCAUGAAGUACCGGUGAAUAAGUACCCAUGGAUAACAUCACUUGUUAUUAGAGCUGGUAAGACUGAGGGUUACUGUACUGGCUGUGCAAAUCUCCAGUCGACAUAUUUUGACGGCUGCUCAUUGCGUUGUGGACAAAAACCAGCGGAGGAAUAUGAGAAAAUAUGCAAUGAAGUUGAUAGGUUGCUGAAAGAGGGACACCAUCUGACUAAUUGGGCUUCCUUGGAAGAACUGGCUCGUCAGGCCUACGAUAAGGUUGUCUCUCCAGAACGACUCACCUUCCGCGCCAGUAGCUCUUGUAAGCAUCUGCAGCAGUGCAAUUAUGAUAAUAUCAAAUUCACUACUUACAAAACCUCAGUCUCCUACAACAACAUGGGCGAUCCGGAUGUGCUGGAGGAAAUCCACAUUGACUCUAGAAACGUGAAGCAAUUCAAUCCCGAGCUUGUAGCAACCUUGUUCGGAAAGUCUAUGUGUCCGGGCGACAGUGGCGGGCCCUUGGUUCAGAUUAAUCGCGAAAACAGAUUCUCUGUUGUCGGAGUAAUGAGCGGGAUAUGGACGAACUGCAGUGUAUCACUUACCGAGCAACAUAAAAGGCAUAAUUUCUUCGUUGAUGUGAGAAGAUACGUUGAUUGGAUUUGCACCAACACAGGUAUCUGUCCACUCAAGAAAAUGGGAUCACAUGCCGAUUCACCUUCAGAAUGGAUCCGUUUUCUUUCAACGUUUGGGCGCCACUGA